GCUGUUAAUAAUGCCAAGAAGAAAAAGCAAAAUAAAAAAUUAAAGCGAGAGGCUCUUAAACGAGAGGUACUUGCACAAGACACUUGGAGAACACCAAAGAAAACAGAAAAACCUUGGCUUAUUCAAGAUCCUAACGUUAAAUAUACAAGUGUAACUCAACGGCUGCAUUACGAGAUUAUCGAGUUGGUAAAUUAUCUUUUACCAACUGAUAUUGAGCGUUUAUUACGAGCAUUCGUCAUCAAAAGAAUAGAGCUCGUCAUCAAAGAACAUUUUCAAAAGGCGGAAGUUAUGGUGUUCGGAAGUGUCAAUACUGGCUUAUAUAUUCCAACAAGUGAUAUAGAUAUAGCUUGUUUUAUUCACGCAGAGCCCAAAAGUGCUAUUUUUACAAUUGCAAAGCUCUUUGAAACCCUAAAUAUUAGUGCUGAUAAAUCUACAAUGGUUACCUUGGCUGAAGUUCCGAUCAUGAAGUUCCAGGAAUACUACACGAAGUUCAAUGUAGAUAUUUGUAUUAACCAGAUUAGUGGAUGCUAUUCUGCGGUCGCCAUACGACGAUAUAUGGAGCGAUGGCCAUCAUUAGGCACAUUGGUUAUCGCCGCAAAGUGCUUCUUAACACAUCAUAAGCUUGAUUGUCCUUUGCACCCUAAAAUUCAAACUGGAAGAAUCAUUCCCGACGACGAAAAUCUUGGGGUAUUACUUAUCGAAUUUUUCGAACUUUAUGGUGUUGAUUUCAAUUAUAAGCAACUUGCUAUCCGUGUUGAAAGAGAUGAUGAUCUUGGUAUGGGCAUAGGAUAUUGUAAAAAAGAGAAUGAACCUUGGGCUACAAAGUGUCCAGAAAAAUUAUGUAUUCAAGAUCCUAUACAAAAAUCCAAUGAUAUAGCUAAAGAUACAACAAUCAUGCCAAAAAUUCGAGGACACUUUGAACGAGCUUUUAAUACACUUGUUAAUCGUAUUUGCGUUCUUGAACGAAGUUUAUCAAGAAAUGGUGAUAUAAUCGUGGAUUUACAUAAACAAUCCAUUUUAUCAUCCAUUUUAUUCAUUCGUCGAGAGAUCAUUAACCGUAGACGUAAACUUCAUAAUGAUUUUAGAAGUGGUAAACAGCUUGCGCAGGCAGUUGCACCAUUUGGAACUGGUAUUGCGAAUUCAUUGCGACUUCCAGAUUUAGAAUAUAUUAGACGAGAAUUUUGUGAAGAAAUUGAAGACAUUAGUAUGAAUAAAGAAGAGGCCAUUCAUGUCGCAUCUUCCAAUAAUCAAUUGAAUGGUCCAGGAUUUUUACAAGCAAAAGUGAAUUCACAAAUUAAUCGUUCCAAUUCGGAUAUGGAUUUAUCAGAUCCUGGUUCACCUCCCAUCCAUAAUAUGUAUGGUCAGUCAGUUGAUCCUUCAAAUAAUGAUGGACCUAAUAAAGGAUGUGGAGUACAGUAA